AUGGAUGGCGCUUCGGGUAUGGAAGGGGUGAGCACAAGCGGCCUCACCCACCCCAGGCAGAGGCAGCAGCAGCUAGUGGGGAGCAACAACCGGCAGAGGUGGGGUGGGGGGAGUGAUAGGAGUAGAGAAGGUAGCAGCAGCUGCAGAGGUGGGGUGGGGAUCAACAACCCGCAGAGGUGGGGUGGGGAGCAACAACCCACAGAGGUGGGGUGGGGAGCAAUAACCCGCAGAGGUGGGGUGGGGAGCAAUAACCCGCAGAGGUGGGGUGGGGAGCAACAAACCGCAGAGGUGGGGUGGGGAGCAACAACCCGCAGAGGUGGGGUGGGGAGCAACAGCCCGCAGAGGUGGGGUGGGGAGCAACAACCCACAGAGGAGGAGAGUGAGACGGUGUUGAUGAUACGCGAGUUGCUGGAGACUCGCUUUCAACCCGCUCCCAGCCAAUCUCCCCGUGUCUUCUCCCCCCUUCGCCAACCCCUCCCAAACGCUGCUUCCCCUUCAGGAGGAGAGGAGCUGCUGGAGACGCGCAUUCGACCGGCAGUGCAGGAGGACGGAGGGGACAUUGACUUUGUUGACUUUGACGAGUGA